AUGGACGGUCACCGCGUCGACGAGCUGCCCGACGAGCGCACCGCGCUGCUCGGCGUGCACAACACGACCGGCCCCAACGGCAACGGCAUCGUCGCCGAGACUGAACUACCGGCUAUCAAGCCAGCUGCCGAGCUCGUCCUCGCUCAAGGCAUCCGGUUCACCAGCCUCGACGACCUCGCUGCACACGAGUUGAGCACGCGGACAGCGCAGGCGGCAUUCACCUUGGUGGUCCUGCUCUUCGUGCUCCACGAAUCGAAAUGCAAGGCUAGCGAGGACGUGUGGGAGACUUGGUUGCAAGAGCAAACACGUUUAGAGGACGUGCAUGAGCUGGAGCAGCAAGUCAUAUGGGAGUGGUAAGGAUGUGAAAGAGGUGCUAUGGAUGUCAUUCCCAGUGGAAGAUAACAAAGCACCCCAGCUUCGAGUGGUGGACUUCGUGAGCCAUGGUCUCGCACCAGACAGCCUAUUCACCCAUCGCAUGCUCUUUCUGAGUUAUGAGCAUACUUGGAAGCAUGGUCACUAUGGCAUAGAAGAACCCAACGAAUCGCUCUCUCACCGUGCAUUGAGUCGUUUGGAUUCAUUGGCAUCCCCACGGGUCCUUCAUCUUAUCGAGCUUGCCUUCAAGCUGCUGUAUCUCUUUCUUCUCGGCAGUUACGUGAUGACUCCUCCCAGGAAGCCCGUCAUCGUCGACGACCCACCUUCCCUUGGCUUUCGCGGCGUCUGUAUCUUGCUUUACACAGCCGCCUCGCUGAUUCGUCGGUGGUCGAUGUCGACAUUACCGUCCUCUCUUGUUUUUCUAUCCUUCGUCUCCCACAUCACGGCCGAACCGUGUCCUGGAGACAUCGCCUUCGACGUACUUUUACUUGCCCUGAUCUGGCACCUACUUGCUCUUCACCUGCCAGAUUCACCUUCCCCUCUCCUCGUGCUAAGCGUCAGCGAUUCCUUGCCGUUGGCUGCACUCUUCCAACGCGCCGUCACGCACGCCAUCCGCCCCGCCGUCUUAUUCUUCUUACCCAUCUUCUUCGUGUCCUUUUACAUGCUUUCUCUCUCCCUAUCCGACACAUUCCUACGAGCUACAGCUUCGUUUACAGAUCCGCUGCCGAGCGCGCCCAUCGAGACCCGAACAUCGCUCCUCACGCUAUGUCUCCUCGUCCUCGUCCUUUUCUCUGCCUCGCUGUGUAUCCUGACCGUGACUGCAGCCUCUCAAGGGUUUAGUGCGACGCAGGCGAUCGAUCCUUGGGACCGCUUCGGCACAGGCGUCGGCAGGCAAGCUCGGCGAUCCUUCUUCCACGCCGUCCAUCAUCACUACUCGGAUCGCUACUACUUCCCGCCGCCGUUCAACCUACUGUUCAUCGUCGUCGUUCAGGUACCGGCUUGUGCCAUAUGGUUGGCUAGCCGAGGCAAUGCACGGUCUUGCAGAGCCAGGAUGGAGAAAAUCGUUUGGAGGGCGACAGUUGGGCCAUUCGCCCUUCUCUUUGCGGGCACAUCGUUAUGGGGUUUAUGGAGAUAGUGCAUACACACUUGUGGCAAUCCAUACGCGAAUCACCACUCUCUCG